GUCCUGUCAAAACGUGGCCUCCAAGCCGUUCUCAUAACAGGCAUUCUGGCCAUCGUCUUGCUCACUGUUGUAGCAGUGGUUGCUGUUGUUGUGAAGAAGCGAAAGGAGAAGAUCGUGAGACAGGACCAGUACAUGAAAAUGUGCAAUGAUGAUGAGGAUGCGAUCGAAGCUGAUUUCAAAUCCAUACUGCCAAAGAAGUUUGGCAUGCGUCUGCGGAAGGCUCCACCGCCUAUUCACCUGCCGGAUUUCGUACAAACGGUCGCCACCUACGCCACAAACGACUACGCUGUUCUGCGUGAGGAAUUCAAGACACUGCAAUGCAUGGCUGCUACACAGCAGGGAGAGAAGUGUCUGACAAUGGAGGUGGGUGCUCAUCCUGAGAACCAUUUGAGGAACCGGUAUCAGAACGUUUUGCCAUAGGUCGCACCUUUCUUCCAACCAAACGACAGUGGUGAAUGUCCAACAAUGGCAAAUGUUUUGUGCAAUGAGACAAGGAAAGAGGUGAAGUACAAACGACGUCUGCCAUCUUCCGUAUUUGAAUGUGUCUCCCAGUGUUGCAGGCAUCAUCUCGUUGUCGCAGUAGGUCAACUGCUGAUUGCUUGCAAAAUACAACACAAAGCACGUCUGCAUGCUGCCACUCAGUUCGUCUUUCAGUCAACUGGCCCGUCAGUCUGUCUGUUGGUUGGUCACCAGCAGUCACGAUUAGUUCCAAUGGAACAGAAAUGGACGAGUCUGAACGCCUCCACUCACGCCAACAGCAAUGCAAAUAGUCGCACCCACGAGUGA